AUGUCUCGGCCAUCGAAAUCUGCGCUAAAUCCAAUCCAUCCAAGUACCGUAACACUUUUCAUAUUGCAGUAUGGAAAGAGGUUAACAAAUGAGGUCUCGAAAUCGGAUGAACAUCGUUCUCUGCUUUCAACAUAUGCUGAUUACGCAAAAUGGGCAUACUUGGAAGUAUUGGAAAAGCCUUUACCAAAUAAUCGUGGAGUAUUUCGAAUCUGA